AUGACAGUUCUCUCAACCUUGUUCUCAACCAUCUACAAGAAAAUUGAUGGUGCCAACAAGCAAUGUGCUAUGGAGCACGGUUACCCAGUGGCUAGCAUUCCAUAUUGCCCAAAAACUCUGGCUCAAGGGACGUAUAAAAGAAUCCUUUUCAAUGCUCAAAAUGCGCCAAAAGUUUUGUUAAUUAUGGCUCCGGAUGGUGCGGAAUUGGUGGAUUCAAAGAGUCUCGCAUUUAUUCAGGAACAACUACGAAAUGCAUAUCAAGAGCAACCCACACUAAUGCAACACUUAGAGGAUCCGUUUCCAAGAAACACUAUUGCUGUCUCGUUCCCGAUGUUCAAUUUUUCUGUUGAAAGCUCAUUCCACGAGUUUUGGCCAGUCAACAAAACUCAGAUUCCGGAAAACGCUUAUCUCACAUACCAACUGCAGUCAGAAAAUUUGCAACUCACUUACUACAAUGAGAAUAAGAUACAGUAUCUGGCAGGAGUCACCUUCUUCCCAGUCCUGAAUGGAAGAGCAAAGUGUAUUGAGAACGAUCGGGCUGCGUUCAGGAUCGCUACAGGAAUCACAGAGCCGUAUCCUCUCCAAGACAGAAAUUUGUGGCUCAAGAAAAUCCGUCAGCAUAUCUAUGGACGGUAUUGCUCCGUAGCAGGAAAACGCAUUUUGAUUGAUUGCGAGGAUGUUUAUGUUCGUCAUUGGGACUUCAACCAUAUUACACGAGAGUGGUUCAAGGAGGCUUGCGAGGAGUGUUUGGUCGAUUCGUUGACCUACAAGUUCGUGGAUCCGAAUGCAGAGCCAGCAAAAGAAAAAUGCAACAACUCAGUACUCGAGCAACAAGCAGAAGCUCGUCUCCAGGAGUUGGUGGGAAAUGAUCAACCUGUUUAUUUCACACAUCGUGAAACUGGAGAAAGACUACCAAAGGAGAACCAACCGAAAAUCACAGAAAUUGCUAGUUGGAUUAUGGAAAAUCCGGAUUACAGCGUUCAUUGUCACAGUGCUCUCUUCCAGAAAUUUUUGAACGGGGAGUCGGAUACUAAAAAGGUGAUGAUGGUUGAUGAGGAAGUGCAAUGUGACGAUUUGGAAAUCCAUGCAAACGCAGAAAAAGUCUCACUUGGAACUACAUUGCUCGAAGAACAUAAGGUUUCACUUAUCAACCUCCUGGAGGACUUCGAUGUCAUUUCUUCUUCAUCUGAUUAA